AACAGUCCUGCUGCCGCCGCUCCGCUCACGGCUCCGGUCACUUGGUUUAACGGCGCUGCACCGAGGAAAUCAGUGGGACUAUGUGAGCAUCAUGCUCGCUGUGAGAUGCCUGCUGUUCGCUGCAGUGUGUGCACGGUGCGCCGGGACAGGUCUGAGGGAAUGGGUGAGUCCGGACGGGAGGCUGCUGCCUGCAGAAGAAGUCGUCCAGCCCAAGCGACUCCUGCAACAGAUCCACACCGAGGAGGAGCUGCUGCACAGCCGCCUGGACACCCGAGUCAAGAACCACCCAGCCGGCGCACAGCCCAUCCAUCUGGCCCAGAGCAGCUUCUUGGUGAAGGCCUUCGACACGUCCUUCAUCCUUGACCUGGAACUCAACCACGAUCUGCUGUCUACAGAAUAUGUGGAGCGUCACUUUGAUGAGGAGGGACGGCUGUCACAGAAUAUGGGAGGCGAGCACUGCUACUAUCACGGGCGAGUGCGGGGGCUGCCGGGCUCCUGGGUCGCCGUGUCCACCUGCCACGGUCUGCAGGGGAUGUUUUCUGAUGGGAACUUCUCUUACGGGAUUGAGCCUGUUAGCGGUGGACAGGGACAGAACGACCACAUUGUGUAUCGAAUGCCCGACAUUGGCCUCUUCCCACCUCCUUGUCCAGGAUGCUUCGUGAACGGCACAGAGCCUGAGGGGCAGACGGACGUCCACGGCGAAGGAGACGACGAGCUGAGAGAUGGAGACGACUGGUCUGAGGCGGAGAAGCCGGUUUUUACACAAGGCCUGAGACGCUCCAAAAGACAAGUGCGUCGAGGACAGCGCACCGUCCAGACCGAGACCAAGUACAUCGAGCUGAUGGUUGUCAACGAUUACGAUCUGUUUGUGCAGCUCCGUCGAUCAACCACUCAGACGAAGAUUUUUGCCAAAUCGGUGGUGAACAUGGCGGAUUUGAUAUACAAGGAGCAGCUCAACACUCGCAUCGUCCUGGUGGCCAUGGAAACCUGGUCGUCUGAAAACAGGGUCUCUAUCGGCGACGACGCCUUGCUGACCCUGCGUGACUUCAUGAAGUACAGGAAGGAGAGCAUCAAGCAGCACUGUGACACCGUGCACCUCUUCUCCGGGAGGACGUUCAUGAGCAGUCGCAGUGAGGCCGCCUACAUCGGAGGCAUCUGCUCGGUGACUCGGGGUGGAGGCAUCAAUGAGUUUGGCAGCGUGGGUCCCAUGGCCAUCACGCUGUCUCAGAGUCUCGGUCAGAACAUUGGCAUGCUGAGGAACAAGGAGCGAACGACUGCAGGAGCCUGCAGGUGUCCAGAUCCGUGGCUGGGCUGUAUCAUGGAGGACACGGGCUACUACCUACCCAGGAAGUUCUCCCGCUGCAGCAUAGAUGAGUACCUGCGUUUCCUCCAGCAGGGAGGCGGCAGCUGCCUCUUCAACAAGCCCACAAAGUUGUUGGACCUCCCAGAGUGUGGCAACGGAUAUGUGGAGCCGGGAGAGGAGUGCGACUGUGGAUCACUUGUGGAGUGUGCUCAGAGUGGAGCCAACUGCUGUAAGAAGUGUACUCUGACCCACAACGCCAUGUGCAGCAACGGGCUCUGCUGCAGAGACUGCAAGUACGAGCUGAGAGCGGUGACGUGCCGCGAUGCUGUGAACGACUGCGACAUUCCUGAGACCUGCACAGGCGACUCCAGCCAGUGUCCUUACAACGUCCACAAACUGGAUGGCUACAUGUGUGAUGCUGGCCAGGGUCGCUGUUAUGGAGGUCGCUGUAAGACCAGAGAUGGCCAGUGCAGGACGCUGUGGGGCUACAACUCGGCCCACAGAUUUUGCUAUGAGAAGCUGAACUCAGAGGGCACAGAGAAAGGAAACUGCGGUCCGGACUCCAACGGUCAGGGAUGGGUGCAGUGCAACAAACAAGACGUCCUGUGUGGUUUGCUGCUGUGCACCAACCUGACCGAGAGGCCGAGGUUUGGCGAACUUCAGGGGAAGAUCACCAGCCUGACCAUCCACCAUCAGAACAAAUACCUGGACUGCAGAGGUGGUCACGCAGUGCUGGAUGAUGGCUUGGACCUGGGCUACGUGGAGGACGGGACGCCAUGCGGGCCGAACAUGAUGUGUUUGGAGCGCCGCUGCCUCCCCGUCACCACCUUCAACCUCAGCAUCUGCCCGGGCUCCUCGUCCUCACGCAUCUGCUCGCACCACGGCACUUGCAGUAACGAGGUGAGGUGUAUCUGCGAUCCAGACUACACCGGGAAGGACUGCAGCGUGUUCGACCCGAUCCCCACCCCGACUCCAGCGGACGGCCCAGAGAAGUACAGAGGUCCCAGCGGCACCAAUAUCAUAAUAGGCUCAGUUGCCGGUGCAAUUCUGCUGGCAGCGAUAGUCCUGGGGGGAACUGGCUGGGGAUUUAAAAACAUCCGAAAAGGAAGAUCUUCGGGAGUCUGAGUCGCGUCUCUCUGCUGCCCUGUCUUCUUUACACUGUGUGCAGUCCACUCUGAGGAGACAGAACAAAGAUGUCUUCCACUUACGAGCCCUCCCGCCUUUUCUGUUUCCUUUUCUUGCUCCAUCUACUCUCUCUGGAAUAUAAAUCAGUGCCCCGAGGACGCACCACCGAUCAUCACGGCUGUCAGGGAUUGUUUGGAAGUUGCUGUCAUGGCUUCUGAUUCAGGCACAACUUUUAUUUCCUACAUCAUCAGUGUCGUUUGAAUUAAUCAGAUGGAUUGAUUUUUGUCCAACCACAGACUUCACAGUGUUCCUCUCUAUCGACUGUUAUUAUGCUUUUACCCCUUUAAGCGGCAUCACGGAGGAAGGCCGUGCACUUCUCCCCGUCCGGACUUUUGGAGGAAGCCUUCUGUUAAUACACAUUUACCAUAUUUAACCUCGUGGAGAGCACAACCACCUCCUCUCAGUAGUGUGACUUUAACUGCAAUAGAAGCGCAUAAACAUCACCAAAUACUGAAUGUUGACAUUCUGUCUGUUUAGGUGAAGGUUAGUUCUGUUCGCUAGACUUUACAUUCCACAGUAACAGCCAUAAUUUCUCCUCUUAUGCUGCCUUUCCUUAUCGAGAAGUUAGUCCUAAAUCAGUGCUUAUGCGUUAAUGUACGAAUGUAUAGUUGAAGCCUGCAGGGAAGCUUGUUAAGUCGCUGUGCUGAUCGCAUACGAGUACUUUGUACUUUUACUCCGGCCAAGCUGGAUAGGCGGCACAUGUACGCACUGAAUGUUUUAUCCUGCUGUAUGAUAUGUAAUCCAUAUACAAACUAUAUGCAUACACGUAUGCUGAACAUGGGUGCUGUUGUAUAUAGUGAACUGACUCAUUGAGACAGCAGUGACUCACUGCCGCUCUGAAUGGAAGCACAAGUCUGGAGAGAGAAGACUCCUCCUGCCUAAAACCGCUUGUUUUUGGAGAUUUAAUUAGGAUUCGAAUCCUUGCAUUUUAGGGAAAUCUGAGCUUUUUUGAGAAUCCAGAGUUGUUGUAGGCUGCAGAGAAGAUGUGUGUGUUGUUUCACACAUGACUCUGAGAGAUUUUCAAGCUGCAAAAUUCGAUUUCUAAGACCCAAGUUAACACAAGAUCUACUUCAAAUCCACGAAAAUAUUUGGCGUCUGAGUAUUCCAUCAAUGAGGAAAUAGUAGAAAUAGCAAAAAAAUUUGAUUUCACAUAUGCUUCAUCACUAAAUGGCUUCAGAUGAUUUAAUUCUGACUGAGCAGAGCCACAUGAUAAGCAAUAAGUAUGUACUUUUAAAAGGGCGUUAAAAGGGUUAAAAAGCGUUGAAAAAGCUCUCCCAGAUCUGCAGCUUUAAGUGCAACACUUUCUCCAUUUAUCCUCUCUGCACAUCAGAGAACGCUGAAUCAGGUUUAGAGGAUUACACACUUGUGGUUGUUGUGUAUGAAGCCACACAGGCGUCAAAAGAAAUGAUCCAAGUUACACUGCCAGUCAACCUACAGCAGCAUUAAAGCAAUAUGUUGACAUUUUGAGUUCAAGUCUGUCACACAAACCUCUCAAAUGAAGGUUUCUGCCUCUGGCAAUUAAAAAAAAAAAAAAUAAUAAAAUCUACAUUUAUUCAUAGAGUCGUUUUUUGGUGACUUCUUGGAUUUUUAGCAGCACAUGAGAUUUUUUUUGUCACCACAGGCUAAAUUUAAAAUGUCAGCAUAUCCCUUUAAGCAUAGUUGAAGUCUUUAUUCCGUGUAUCACUGUAUAAAUAUCUGAAAAUGCUCAAGGACAGUCUUGGCUGAAAGCUCAGGUCACACUGUGUUUACUGCCACUGUUUGUGAUCACACGUCGUAGUUAAAGGCACCGUCCACUAUGGACGUCAACGUCGUCUCGUCUUAGGUAACCAGUACUGACUACUCUCACUGUAAAUACUCAUAUUCCUGUAUAUUAAAAUACAUAUUAAACAUAUCUGAAUACUA